CUAUCAGGGUGGAGUGUCUGUUACUAGACCCAGUAUCACUCAGCCAGUGGUAGAGGAAUGAAUUAAAACGAGAAAGCAGCGUUGAAGUAUUCUUUCACAGCCACGAAGUACAAACAUACCAUAAAAUUCAGCUAGACACGAAAAAUACACCAAGAGUUUGAUUACCAGAGGAACCCACAUCUAGCCCCAAAUCAAUACAUCGAAUUCCAGUCAUCUCGGAUGUCCUUGAACCAACCUACACUCACACACAUCAGCGGGUGACCUUUUGAGAGCCGCCACUGUCUCCAAGAUGUUCAUGCCAUCUCGACUGUGUGUUCCCGCCUUACGCUUGCUUGCCACUCCACGCCUGCUGCCUUCACGAAGUGGUAGCAGAGGCUCUCUGUUUACCUUCCAUCGGCGGUUGUCCCACUUCGAUGUCCCGGCCAUUGGUUCAGAGACAAAGCCACGCCGGAAGGACAAUGGCAACAAACCGGCAGCAGCACAAUUGAACUUCGGGGACCACAAGACCGCUUUCCAGCAUAAGACUGUCAGAGAGCUGAUUCGAGGACUGGUGGUGUUGUACGCAUGCGCAGUGGACCCUCUCGUCUCACACAGUUACAAGCUGCUGACGCUAGGGGAGCGACUGCUGGGGCAGAGGAUGCUCAGGUUCUUGGUGGCGCCCUUUUACAACCAGUUCGUAGCCGGAGACUCUGGGGAAGAGCUGAGCGUCGUCAGCAACCGCCUGGCGGACGUGGGAGUGAGGCUUAUGGUAGCGCCCAUGCUGGAGACCGACGUGGGAGAAGGACAUGAUAUGCAAGAAAUGUACGUUAAAAAUCUGAACAAGACGUUGAACUUAAUUGACCUGAGUCGCCAACACUGCACAUUAGGAGGAGCUAGGCCCAUCUGCCAGACCAAGAUUACUGCCCAUCUCUCAGCUGAUAUACUGGCAAGAGUGUCAACGAGUUACCAGUCUUUACGAGUCGAGGAGCGGGUAGCGGCGGUGGCAGCCGUGGCAAAGUUACUAGUGGUGGCUGGGGGUGAUGGAGGUCCUCCUAUGUCCUCCUCAAGUGCCACAGAGGCACUCAGACCGCUGGUCCUCACGGACUCUGAUGCCUUGGAGCUCAUCAACUCACUCUCGCGCCUCUACUUGCUAGGGGAGCGGUGUUGCAGCGCCGGUGUGGUUCUGGCAGUGGACGCCGAGUACACGUACACCAACCCCGCCAUUAACCUGCUCACGCUCGCCAUGAUGGCGGUCUUCAACACUCCCACACCCGUCAUCUGGAACACCUACCAAGGAUAUCUCAAGGCAGGGUGCCAGAGCCUGGAGCACGACCUGGAGCUGGUGAGGGCGCUGGGUCCCGAUGUCGGAUUCGGCGCCAAGCUGGUCCGUGGAGCCUACCUAGAGCGGGAGAGAUCUCUGGCGCUCCUGGAAGCCUAUCCUGAUCCUGUCAACGACACCUAUGAGGAUACUUCCAUCGUGUAUGAUAGCAUGGUGGAGGUGAUGUUGCAAGAAGUCGUGAAGAACCCUGACACGCGCGCUGUAGUGAUUGCAACGCACAACGAAGCUUCAGUUCAGCAAGCUGUCGCCAGAAUCGAGCUGCUGGAUAUCGAAUUCCGGGCGGGCAAUGUAGUGUUCGGUCAGGUGUACGGCAUGGCUGAGAAUAUCUCCGUGCCCCUAGCUGCGUCUGGGUUUCUGGUGUACAAGUCAGUACCGUCCGGAAGCAUGUUAGAGGUGAUACCAUAUUUGUCCCGGCGCGCCAACGAGAACAAGGCAGUCCUGCGAGGCGCAAGGCGGGAACGACAACUUCUCUCCAAAGAACUUCUGUCAAGAUUAUCACCCCUCCGAUGAUAAGUUUCAAAAGAGCAACAUGGUGCAUAUGUCACUUGUAUGUUUUUUGGGGGGAAAAGCUUAACCGUGGUUAUUUUGCUUGUCAGUUACAGUUAACUAUGUUCAGUUCAUUAGGACUUAUUUAGUAUUAUGUCAAUUUCUUUUCGAACUUCAUUUUAUAUUGAUUUAUAACAAAAUACUGUAUUCUUCUAGUGAAUAUUACUGCAUCUUCUUCGGAAUUACAAAUUACUCAUCUUGCUAAUGGUUUCUUUCAGUUAUACAACUACGGUAAAACAUUUUUGUAGCAAUAAAAUUGCAAACAAAUA